AUGAAAUUCGCUCGGCUCCUGCGUGUAGAUCACAAGCUCACCUCGCGGCUUGUGCAUGGACCUGCGGAUUUCGGACUUCGCGUUGCACACUCAGCAUGCCACGAGGUUGGCACGUCCACCGAACACGGGGAGUACAUUAGCACUCUCAAGCAAGAUAUACAUGCGCAUCGUCUGUAUUUCCGCUCGCAAGUUGAAGCCAUGGAUAACCUCUCCUUGUCGACUAGAACCAGAGCGCCUACUGAUAUUAAUGACAUCGACCUAGCUCGACCGGUCGCUGCACUAGCAGAGACCAUUUCGAAGGCCAUGUCAGGAUUGUACGCUCUGCACGUGGCCAUAGGGCGUUCUGGCGGCGAAGCAUCGUCGGCUCUUGUGGAGUUUGUCGAAUGCAAGCAGCUGAUCCGCAACCACUGGGCUGCCUUGGAAUCUUUUUUGCAGCAUUCGCUCGGAUACGCUAGAGAUUAUCUCGGUCUAUGUCAGUCGCUCCAGCAUGAAAACCAGGCGCAGUAUAUGGUGCUCGCGUCCGCGAUACUGGCCCAUGCACAACAAAUUCGUGGCGAAAUAUUCCGCUUUCAACCUGCCUACACUCAAAUGGUGAAAGAAUUCAACGCAAAGGAGCCUGCUGUUAAAAGCCGAGGAAGCGAUAAGCCCGUAAAUGGAUCUUCGUUUGACGCAUCAAUUUCGUCGUUUGUCGUUGCUUCGCAUGCUGCCUUGUAUCCAGAAAUCGGCAAGUCAUUCAAGGCCGCCUCCGCAGCGCUAUGUGGUUCGCUUGUUCCCAUUGCUGACAUCAGUGCCUUUUGGGAUCAACACACCUACAACCUCAUUGCAUUGUCCCGAUCCGAAGAAGAGCUGAAAAGGUUGACGCAAAACCGAAGUUACUUUGAUAUGGAAAUCACUCGAUGGAAAGCCUAUCGCACCGCCUUGCACGAUGGAGUUUACUCCAUCACUUCCUCCUCAGAUGCUAUGAUGGUCACUCCAAUGAUUCAGGAAAGCAACUGGCGAAGGCGGCUUGGGCGUUUCUUCCCAAAGCGGAGAACUACCAACCCAGUGACAGGUCGGUCUGAGAUACCAGCUGUAGAGAUUGGGGGUCCUAAUGCCGAAUACGAUUCCCUCAAAAAUCCGUUCAACGUGUUGAUCCUGUCCCGGACCACCUAUACUAUCAACGCCUGUUUAGAGUCCUUUUCUCAGCGAUUCGGACAGAACUCCCUUAUGCACCGCCUUGGAAUAUAUGACCGCCUUUAUCGGCUUGCUCAACAAUACAUGGCCACGCUAUCAGAUAUGGAGGCUCUCUCAAACGCUGCCAUUGAAUUCUGUACCGCUGUCCAAGCGAGUAUGCAAAGCCGUGGAAGAGCAGAGACAUCCGUAUACAUGCGCAACAGCGCACAGAUGUGCAGCAGCAAAAUAUCUGAGAUAUUGCCGGUAUACCAAGACCUCAGUUGCCAAUUGCAGCAAGAACUUAGUCGGACGUUGUCGAGACAGCAUGCAGACACUCCAUCGCCGAAUUCAGAUGAUUGGAACCCAGAUCUCCUUAUUCGUUCUAUCAGGGCGCUCAAAGAUCGGGAGCUCUUGGCUUGCAUCCAUUCGACCUUGGAACGACUCAUUCAUCUACUGACAAAGUUUCGAACAUUCUGGUUCAACAUGGCCGCGGACGUGGACCAGUUCCGUUCGUAUGGUCGAGUAGGGUCGUCAAUGAGUCAACAGAUCACUCCAGUAUGGCAGAGGGUAGAAGUUCUUCUCCACGAGUACAAAUCAGAGCUAGGACGUGCAAAGACGUUGGCCUUUGCAUGCACCCCUUCAAACGAAAAGGGACGGGAGUCGGCACCGACGUUCUUUAAACGACGCAGAAAUACUGUUGGGUCCAGUGACAUCAGCACCCUUUCUUAG